CAUCUGUGCAUCGCGACUCGUGGCCGUGAAACUGUUCAACGUCCCACCGCCACACUUCGCCCACGUCUCAGAGAAGCCUUAACUCGACACUGCCGAGUCCUCCAUAAGGACCUCUGGCUGCGCCGGCCCUUCACACCCUUCGCACAUCCAUCGUCGCACGCGCGCGCUCCGCUAUCGCAAACAUGGGGCUCUCUAAAUCGACGCGCAUUAUGAUCCUGCUGGGUAUCGACUCGGUCUUCUUCCUGCUCGAGCUGGUGGUUGGAUAUGCAGUACAUUCGCUGGCCCUGGUUGCCGACUCCUUCCACAUGCUAAACGAUGUCAUUUCGCUUCUCGUUGGACUCUGGGCAGUGAAGGUCGCAAACGAAAAAACUAAUUCGAAGAGGUACACAUACGGAUGGCAACGCGCAGAGACGCUUGGUGCUCUCGUAAACGGCGUCUUUCUUGUCGCAUUGUGUCUAUCCAUCUUCCUCGAAGCCAUUCAGCGAUUUGUCGAACCUCAGGAAGUUUCCCAACCCAAGCUCGUCCUCCUCGUCGGCUCUCUCGGUCUUGCUUCAAACAUUGUCGGUCUCGUUCUCUUCCACGACGUAGGCCACAGCCACGGACCGGGAGGACACUCGCACGCACACGGCGACGAGCAUUCGCACGCCGAGGAAGGACACUCGCACGGCAUCGAGGCGCACGACCAUGCACACGACCAUGAACAUGGACACGAAGAGAGCAGCUCCGCGCAAACCCCACGGGCCCGCCGCAAGUCGGCAUCUGGCAAGCGCGGCCACCGCCAUGCACGAUCCGGAUCCCAGGGAUACUCCACACUUGAUGAGAUCUACGUACACCCUUCGUCUUUCCGAAACAGCAUCAUUGAGUCUUCUCGCCAUGGUGAGAUCGAUGAUGCUGAUGUGAGCGAGAGCGGCGAUGACCAGCCUACUGAGCAGACUGCGCUUUUGGGCAAGACCAACGGUCACUCGCACUCGCACACACCCAAGAAGGAUCACCACAGGAGUCACAACCACGCCAAGCCGAAGGAUCAGAAGGCUGGCGGCGGACACUCUCACGAUCUGAACAUGCGUGGUGUUUUCCUGCAUGUCUUGGGUGACGCGCUGGGUAACGUUGGUGUCAUGGCGACAGCUUUGUUCAUCUGGCUCACAGACUUCUCCUGGAGGUUUUACGCCGAUCCCUUUGUUUCUCUCAUCAUUACCGUCAUUAUCCUACUUUCCGCGAUCCCACUUUGCAAGGCUGCGUCCCGCAUUCUGUUACAGGCGGUCCCCGAGAACCUCUCCAUCGACGAGAUAAAGGAAGACAUCACCGAUCUGGACGGCAUAAUCUCAUGCCACCACCUUCACGUCUGGCAGCUUUCUGACACCAAGCUGAUUGCCUCCCUCCACGUACAGGUCGAUUUCGACUUCAAGGGCGAGGGUUCAGCACGUUACAUGACACUUGCCCGCCAGAUUCGUGAAUGCCUGCAUGAAUAUGGCAUCCACUCAUCUACCAUCCAGCCCGAGUUCUGUCUUGACGAAACACAUGACCACUCGGCCGCUGGCUCAGAUGACGAAGCCACACAGCCUAAGGCACCCAGUGUCAAGGGUGAGCCAGAGACUUGCCUGCUUGAGUGCCCAGACAGCUGCGGUAACGCGAAGCAGUGCUGUGAGCCUGGACAGAAAGGCUGCAAGGGUAGUAACGGCUCAUCAGCCUGAUCAUUUCUUUUCUCUCUGAACACUCGUCGAUAUGUGUACGAUACUUGCUUUUCGGCUCACAAAAGAUUACCCACACACGUUUCAUCGUGUUUUCCUAUCGUUAUGUAGACAUUGCAACCUUUGUGUGGCACACUGAGUCUAGAGGAGGAUAUGGCGACACGGGCUCUGCGUGGGGCGGAGUUUUGCACUCUUUCUGUUUGGGAUGCAAGAGGCUGUGGGAUAUGAAAAGUGUAGAUGGAAUGGCCAUACGAAGCGUAAUAUUAUUUCAUGUAAUUAUUGCGCUGCUCAUGUGUGCUUUGAUUGGAGACGCCGGUGCAGAGUGGCUUACCUGCCGCAGUGACCACCAGAGAGCAUCGUCGGCCAACAGAUCGAGCUCGUUAUACCUGCACACUCUGCUGCGUCACCGCGAAGCUCGCAGGAUCAUGCUGGAUUAGACGCCUUGUGAGCCACUUCCUCCUCGUAUCCUUAUCUCUGCUCCCCACAGUUCAAAUCAGUUG